ACUUCAACAAGCAACUUUAGCGACAUUCCAAAUUCAAAUGAAAACAACGCUGAUGAAACUGUCUUUAUUUCUCCAAUAAUUUCACUUGGUUCAGCUUGUCUCGCGCAUGACAAAAAGUAACAUUGUGUACAAUACAGAGAAUGUUCCGUAUCAUGGGGUUUUCUAAGACUGACUGUCAACGGUAAUCGCCUUCAGCAAUAGUUCGGGAUCGUUUCGCGUAUAGCUUUUAAAAGCGAUGUUUUUAAUUUGGUUGUUUUUCUAUUUCGUUUGGUUCUUGGGAACGAAAGGACGUCACUCAAGGUUCAUCAGCGUCCCUUGCAAUCCAACUGUUUCUCACAGUGGAAACAAUGUGACUUUGAUCUGGCGUUAUCGCCUAAGUCAAGCUGACAGGGCUCAUUUCCGCCGACUGCUGUUUGGUCAGUGGAGUGAUGGCGAUAUUUCAACGCCUUUGAUGAGCUUGUCAAAGAAUGGAAGUUUGGUUUCUCGAUCCAAACGUAUUGAAUGGAUUGGAAACAAAACUACAGCUGCAUUUCGACUUCAUCGUGUGACUACUCAAGACGAAGGAGAGUACGGCUGUUCAUUACAAUUUUCAGACUCAUUCACUGUACGUCAUACAGUACAGUUGACAAUAGUUGCUCCACCACAAAUCAAAGAGAAAAACAGCAACUUAGCGAAAGUGGAAGCUUCGGAAGGUACCUCUGUUGUAUUAUCGUGUCACGUGACUGGCAAUCCACAGCCGUGGACUUCGUGGCUACGAGAUGGUCAAACAUUGCAGAACAGCACAACAUUGAGUGACUUAAUAAUACCAGCUGCUCGUGCAAAUAUGACGGGAUUGUACGACUGUAUCGCUGGCAACCAAGCUGGAAUUGAUAAAUAUCAAGUGUUGUUGCUCGUAACGUCAUGUGGGCAUUUAAGUGAUAUCACGCAUCCUGCACAAGAUUCGCCGCACAAAGACCACAAUCAUGAUAUGGAAAGUCCAGCCAGCUUCACUCCAACAAUAGUAAUCUGUGUGAUUUUAUUCUCUAUCUUUGGUGCAUAUUUCUUUUUCCGAUCUGCCGGGGAAAGAACCACCAAGAAGCUCAGAAAAUAUAAUAGAAUGCCGAAAGAUGAACAAGCAAGAAGUCUAAUGGGUGAAUGGUCGAACUUCGCAGACAACGGUGAAAAAAUCUAAGACCAAACCUGCGUAAAUCACAAUUCACCCAAAAUCAGCUAGAAUGUUUGCUUUCUCGUCAGUAAUUUAUUCAUUGAGAAUCCAUAAAAGUUUAUUUAGCGCACCAACGAUGAAAAACCUUGAUCCUACAUUCAAUUCAAAGAUUUCUAUUGAUCUUGAAAGUGGUAAUCAUUUGAGGCCUUGUUACAUUUGUCUGGACUGCGGUGGACUGAGCAUGGUGUCAGCGGUACAAGAAUGCAUUUAACACGUAAUUCAAACCAAAGCGCGUGUUCUGCGCAGAAGUAAGCAGGACUGUUCAUUUCCAUAGAAGUUUAUGUCUACUGAUGCGAGGAAGGAGACAUUUUGGUCAACACUAUCUCAGCAAUCCCAGAAUACCACUCAAAACACCCACGCCCUUCCUCCCUUGGGAGAAUACCUGAAUCUCGCCUUCGAGGGAAAAGACGCGACGCUCCACUCGUCAAUUCUGCCGACAACCUCCCUCACAGUGAGGAUCAGUGAGGUAUCAACACGCCAUUGAAAAGACCAUGCGAGGCAUCUCCAAAUAUGAC